CACGCCUUAAAUUCUCAUGAGUCACUUCCAUCUUGCACUUGUAAUUUGUAUAUUGUGUUCAUAAACCGUAGACCACUCAUCUCAAUAUUAUUAUUAUUAUUAUUGUAUUAUUCUUUUCUUGUGAUUCUUAUAUAUUUUAAAGGCGUCCCCGCCCCGUGACCAGUACUUGUCCAACGUAGUGUACAGUACAUCACAAAUUUAACCAGAAUAAUAUUUUUUUACAUCACAAUAGAAAAAAGUAACUUUAUUGUCAAAAAUAUGUCAUCAUGAAUUUAUUCUGCGGAAUUUUAUUAACGGCCUUAGCCGUCACCACUGCCUAUGAAUACGAAUGCAAUUCUCCAUUAUUCGAUCGUGCCCAAAUCCAUGCGACAUCGUAUAUGAAAGACCGUGAACCUCACCAAGCCAGACUUUACGGCAAAAGCGCGUGGACGCCCAGUGAUAAUUCGUACAACCAACACCUCACUCUGGACCUGGGGGACAGAGUUGAGAUAAGGAGUAUUCAGACUCGAGGAAGAGCCAACACCAGGGAGUUUGUCACUGAGUUUAUUGUCGAGUAUUCUGAUGAUGGUCAAGCUUGGACUACUUAUGAGAGUCAAAAUGGCGUGGAAGAGAUGUUCAAAGGUAACGUAAACGCAGAGUCUAUUAAAUUAAAUAGAUUUGAAGUCCCAAUAAUAGCCCAGUGGAUUAGGAUCAACCCUACUAGGUGGCAAGACAGAAUUUCAAUGCGAUUAGAAUUAUUCGGCUGUGACUACGUUUCCGAUGUGGUGCACUUUGAUGGAUCUUCACUGAUCCGACAAGACCUGCAGCGUGAGAAAAUAGAAACAGACCGUCACGCAGUUCGAUUCAGGUUCAAGACUAACCACGCUGACGGAGUUAUCGCCUAUUCUCGCGGUACCCAGGGUGACUACAUCGCCGUGGAGAUGAGAGACAACAAGAUGCACAUGAACAUUGAUCUGGGUUCGGGAAUCCCUACUAGUUUGUCAGUUGGCAGCCUUCUGGAUGACAAUAUGUGGCACGACGUCCAGAUUUUCAGAAAUAGAAGGGACAUUUCUUUUUCCAUCGACCGAGUUGUUGUCAAGGGACGGGUCAAGGGUGAUUUCCAUCGAUUAGAUCUCAACCGAGCGUUCUACAUUGGAGGAGUUCCCAAUAAACAAGAAGGCCUGACAGUAACCCAAAAUUUCACUGGCUGCAUCGAAAACUUUAUGUUGAACAAAACUAACGUAAUCCGCGACCUGAAAGAUGUUGAAGCAGCAGAGGGGGCGCUGACUCUUAAUUCCCGGUUCUUUAAGAACCGUGUGAUCUAUGGGUGCCCGGAACCGCAGAUUGUUCCAGUAACUUUUGUCAAACCUGAUAGCUUUGCAACCCUUUCUGGGUAUGAUCGUUCUAAUACUUUGAAUGUUUCUUUGGCUUUUCGAAGCUACGAGGAGAAAGGAUUGAUAAUGUAUCAUAAGUUUGCGUCAGAUGGAUUUGUUAAGCUGUUUCUAGAAAACGGUCGGAUAAAGGUCCAGAUCCUGACCCCAGGUAACCCUGAGACAAUAUUAGACGACUACGACGACAGUUUUAACGACGGAAAGUGGCACCAGGUGGUCUUAACCAUAUCUAAAAACAGCAUAAUCUUGAACGUCGACGGACGUCCAAUGAAUACCAAGAGACUGUUGAAUAUGCUGACUGGGUCCAAGUACCUGAUCGGUGGAGGGCUUCUAGGACAAGGUCGCGGAGACCGUGGUUUCGUAGGAUGCAUGCGACAGAUUAGCAUUGACGGGAUUAUCAAGCUGCCGACAAACUGGAAGCCUGAGCAGUAUGAAGGAACCAUCAUCAUGGACGCUUGUCAGAUGUUGGAUAGGUGCAAUCCUAAUCCGUGCAAGCACGACGGAAUUUGCACCCAGACUUCUGAUCAGUUCCACUGUAAUUGUGAGCAUACUGGUUACUCUGGAGCUGUUUGCCAUAUCCCGGAGUAUCCACUGUCCUGUGAAGCUUACAAGAACUCAAAUGCGGGGAACCAGCGCGUGGAGAUAAAGAUUGAUGUCGACGGCAGCGGACCCUUGGAUCCCUUCCCAGUAACUUGUAUGUUCUAUCCUGAUAAAAGUAUUGUAACUAUCGUGAGACACAGCAACGAGUUACCGACACCGGUGGAAGGCUACGAGGAAGCUGGUAGUUUCCAGCAAGAGAUUUCUUACGACGCUGACUUCGACCAGAUCACUGCUCUGAUGAACCGCUCGACCUCUUGUCGCCAGCAUAUUAACUACGCCUGCAAACACUCUCGGCUGUUCAACACUCCCGUGGAUCCAAACGCCCCGUUCCGUCCGAACUCAUGGUGGGUCAGUCGGAACAAUCAGAAUAUGGAUUACUGGGGUGGCGCUCUACCUGGUUCUAGAAAGUGCGAGUGUGGAAUUCUGGGUAAUUGUGUUGAUCCAACAAAGUGGUGUAAUUGUGAUGCUGGGUUUGACAGCUGGAAUGAAGACGGUGGUGAUAUCACUGAGAAGGAACACUUACCAGUGAGGCAAUUGAGGUUUGGGGAUACUGGAACUGCCUUGGAUGAGAAAGAGGGACGGUAUACUCUUGGUCCUCUAGAAUGUCAAGGAGAUAACCUCUUCGAAAAUAUGGUAACAUUCCGAAAAGCAGAUGCAACAAUCGACCUGCCCACCUUCGACAUGGGCCACGAGGGUGACAUCUACUUCGAGUUCAAAACAACCACCGCUAACGCAGUGAUUAUCCACAGCACUGGACCCACCGACUUCAUAAAAAUAUCAAUAACCUCAGGCAAGCAAAUCCAGUUCAGUUACCAAGCCGGGGACGGACCUCGCACUGUCAGUGUCCAGACCUCCAACACCCUCAACGACGACAACUGGCACUCAGUGUCUGUCGAGAGGAAUCGCAAGGAGGCCAAGAUUACCCUCGACGGAGCGUUGAAGAACGAGAUUCCGGAGCCCGCGGGUCCCGUUCGUGCUUUACAUCUUACCUCGCAGUUCGUAGUUGGUGCCACUACCAACUACCGGGAUGGAUACGUCGGCUGUAUUCGGGCCCUGCUGCUCAAUGGGAAGCUCCAGGAUCUCAAGUCCUACGCAGAUCGCGGGACUUAUGGUAUUGGCCAAGGCUGCAUCGGGAAGUGUGCUAGCAAUCCUUGUCUCAACAACGGAACUUGUAUUGAGGCUUACGACCAAUAUGAGUGCAAUUGCCGGUUCACUGCUUUUAAGGGUCCAAUUUGCGCGGAUGAAAUUGGUGUGAACUUAUCACCAAGCUCUAUGAUUCGUUACGACUUUUCCGGAAGCUGGCGUUCAACCUUAUCCGAGAACAUCAGAGUAGGAUUCGUGACCACAGAACCCCACGGCUUUAUCCUGGGCUUGUUCUCCAACAAAACAAAAGAAUACAUGACAAUAUCCGUCUCUAACAGUGGAAAGCUGCGGAUAGUCUUUGACUUUGGGUUCGAGCGUCAAGAGUUCUUCUACGGAGACAGAACCUUCCACCGGGGGCAGUACCACGACGUGAGAGUCCAAAGGAAGAACUCCGGAGCGACAAUGGUGGUAACUGUCGACGGAAACGAGCCAAUAGAGCAGCACUACAACAUCAAAGCGUCAGCCGACGCCCAAUUUAACAACAUCGAGUACAUGUACAUCGGCCGUAACGAGUCGAUGACCGAAGGGUUCAAAGGCUGCGUCUCCAGGGUCCAGUUCGAUGACAUCUACCCCUUGAAGCUGUUCUUCCAACAAAACAGGCCCAGCUACAUCAGGUCCAUUCACAGCGACGUUCCUGAGAACACUUGCGCUGUAGAACCUACUACUCAUCCUCCUGAUGUCGUGGAGACUCGCCCGCCACCUGUUAUCGACGAGGAAAAGGUUCGCGCGGCCUACAACGAGACUGACACCGCCAUCUUGGGGGGAAUUCUCACACUAAUACUCUUGGCGCUUAUCGUAAUGGCCGUUUUGAUUGGCAGGUACAUGUCCAGGCACAAGGGCGAGUACUUGACGCAAGAAGAUAAAGGCGCUGAGCUCGCUCUUGAUCCUGAUAGCGCUGUUGUUCAUUCUGCUACUGGCCACCAGGUUCAGAAGAAAAAAGAGUGGUUUAUUUAGAUUUUAUUUUUGUUGCGAUGGAUGGAAUUUCUUUUUUAAUUCUUUAACCUCUCGUGGCGCUACUGUGUUAUUUUAAUGCGACAUAUUUUUGGCGGGAAAAUUUUUAAACUGGUUUAAAGAAGAAAUGUUUUUUUGUAAACUUUCCUUUGAAAUUCUACUAAAAAUAAUAAAAUGUAGAAAAAAAACGGCGCUAAUUACGAGACCAAGAGUUAAGUUAUUUUUUCGUACAAAUUUUUUUUUUUUUUGUUAACAGUAUUAGUUGUAAUUUAACCGUCCAGCGAUCAGCAUUUUGUUUGAUUUAUUUUAUUUUUAUU